AUGUCUGGGAUCGAUCGAUAUGGCAUGGAACGAGAACGUCUGGCAAGACAGUCCAAGCUAGAGCGUAAAGCACAACCAGAACCACAGCCAAAGUUUGACCUUUUCAAUCCUCGUGAAGGAUCAUAUGAUUCUUGGCAGCUAGGUGAGACCCCGGACGAAUUCAUCAAUCGUGUUCCGCCAGAAACAACGACAGUCUCAACUUGUCCAUGGAUAUGGGUCGAGAAUCCUCAUCGCAAGCCGUGGGAUAAGUCUCCAUCCCCGCAGGUUGAACACUUCACAGACACUGGUAUGGAGCUACUCCAGCAAUCUCUAUCGAAUCGACAGAAGAUGCAGGCCAGUGGAUCUGGGAUCUCUAAAAGCAUACUCACACAGGAGGGCAAGGACCACCAACAGCGCAUAGCAGACCUCGCCGUUGAAGACCACAUACUCACUGGAAAGUGGAUGUUGUUUCCUAAAUCAACAGAAGCUAAUCAUGUGUGGGAACAAGUCGUGCAAGGCGUAAUCGAUAAUCGCCUAGGAUGUACAGCCAAAGUCGCGGCUGAUGAUGGGAACGACGAACGGUUAACAUGUAUAUACACAAAGGAUUUUCGCGAUGUCCAGGAUAUAUCGCGGGUACUUGCGGAGCUGGAGAUAAUGGGUCUUCUGCAUCCAGGGCGGGCCAUCUACUACAAGCAUGACGCUUAUACAUACCUGAAUAUUAGAAGCGCCACGGCACCUAAAUACGGCCUCCAGGCAAGCCUGUACAACUCCCGUACGCUGAAGCUGACAGGAAAGUUGCCGAAGUCGUCAGCAUUGCCUCGGAAGCAGUCAAUGCUCAAGCAGUAUCUUUGA